AUGUCCUGCAUCUUUGUGCUUGGGAUCCUUGCAGCCUAUGCCUUAGCCACGUAUUUUUCCCGUCCAAUUAUGGAGCUUGGAGAUGCUGCGGGCAAAUUAGCACGGGGUGAUUAUAGUGCAAGAGCGCAUGGGCGGCGAGGCUGCUUGAAGGACGAGAUUGAUGAGCUUUGCUGUGUGUUUAAUGACAUGGCAGAUCAGAUCUCCAGCGCUUACUCAACUUUGGAACAAAAGAACUGUGCUGUCUCCUCCACCAGCUGUGCGAAGCUGCUGCACCACAUCAAGAAGCAGAAUCUGCUCCAUCAGGACAACGCCGGAUGCCGACUUUCAGAAGGGAACUGCAGUAGCGGCGGAGCUGUGCAAGAGAUGGAGGAUCUCACUGGGUACUCCGAGUCCCCUGUGCCCGCUUGGCUCUUCUCUGGGCAGCAGGAAAAGGCCUCAGCAGAAGCAGAAGAAGAGCUUAACGCCAGUGUGCUCUCUUCAGGAACAGGGGGAAGUGCUUCGGAAAAAAGACCGGGCAGGAGUUCUGGUCAACAGCUUCAAUCAGUCCAAAGGGCAGAGUCACAAGCAGCUACAGCUGACAGUGGAGGAGUGGUGCGGCUGCAGAGAUGCGGCCUGGCACAGGCUUCCUGCUCUGCAACCGAAGUGACUUAUGAGUCAACUCAAAGGUCACCUAGAGCUGACAGUGGAGGAGUGAUGCGGCUUCAAAGGUGCGGGGAAACACAGGCUUCCUGCUCUGCAACGGAGGGGUGUCAACCCGAGCGUCGCGAGGAGGACUUGGCGCUGCCUGUGGUGUUGUUGACACCAGGAGGUCCUGACGACAAGCCCUUGUGUAAGGAACUCGGGGUGCAACUCUAUGUUCCUAAGCCUGUGAAGAGGAAAGUUCUUACGCGAAGAGUCAAGCAGGCAUUGAAGCUCCCCCUGCAGGACGGGCUCUCUGCCUCGAAUUCAAGUGCUUCAGAGGAGGCAUCGGCAUCAGCAGCGGCUGAAAGGAGUCUCAAGGUCCUGGUUGCGGAAGACAACAUUGUGAACCAGCGGGUAGCCAUGACCCUGUUGCGCAAGUGGGGGCACGAGGCGGUUCUGGCUAGUGACGGUGAAGAAGCCGUGGAGAAGGUUCAAGCCGAAGUAUUUGAUGUGAUACUAAUGGAUGUGCAAAUGCCUGUUUGCGAUGGCCUGCAAGCAACCAAGAGGAUUCGUGAAUACGAGUCCACAACGAAACGCCACACACCCAUCAUUGCUAUGACAGCACAAGCCCUUAUCGGAGAUGGAAUGAAGUGCAUCGAGGCAGGAAUGGAUUCGUACAUGAGCAAACCUUUGAACGCAUCCAAGCUGAAGGAUCUCUUGCGCCUUGUGUGUCAAUCACAUGUUCUUCCGAAGCCAACCAACGACUGCGCCCGAGAAUUCUAA